AUGGGCGCCAGCGCCACUGGCCACGGCAACCUGGUAGAGGAGCCGGACGACGAAACGCUGCUGAGUUUUCUUUGUGAAGAUGUGGACCGCGCGGAGAGACUGCUGAGCCGGGCAGAGCGUCUGAUGCCACGGGCGAAAGCCCGGGUGGCCACGAGUCUGGCCGCGGAGAAGCCAAGCGUUUCGGGCGAGUCUGGCCGCAGGUUGAUUAUCCAUGGGGUGGAUGGGUCGACAUUUCACCUUCCCGUGGACGAUGCUGCGACAGUGGAUGAUCUCUCCAAGACCAUCACGGCCAAAUGCGGUGCCAAACCAGGCCACCGACUGGUGCUCACCUCCGGUGGCAACGUCUUGGAUGAUUCCAAGCCGCUCUUGAAGCAGCUUUGUGGUGAAGAGAUCACCUACGUGAUGCAGCGAGUCUCUGCAGGAGAAGCCGCAGUGAGCUUGCUGCGUGCGACGAAAGAAAGCAGAAACCAUCUGCCAAGCAGCCUGCAGACCCUGACCUUCGGAUACGGCUUGAACCAGAUCUUGCAAGGAGUCACUUUGCCAAGCAGGCUGCACACGUUGACCUUCGGUGGAGAGUUCAAGGAGAGCUUGGAAGAUGUCACCUUGCCCAGCAGCCUGCAGACUUUGACCUUCGGCGAGAGGUUCAACCAGAGCUUGAAAGGUGUCACCUUGCCAAGCAGCCUGCAGACGUUGACCUUCGGCGAUUCUUUUGACCAGAGCCUGGAGAGCGUCUUGCUUCCAGACAACCUGCAGAGUUUAACCUUGGGAGUUCUGACGAGGAAGGCUGGAUUUCAGAGGUUGUCAAGCAUCACACUGCCAAGCAGUCUGCAUGAAUUCAGCUCGACGGACUCUACGAUGGCGCAAACUAUGCGCCUCCAAAGUUUGCGCGUCCAUGUCUGA